AUGGCUUCUGCCCCUCUUUCAGUACUAGUGCUGCUGGCCGCUCUAGUCGGUUACUUCUUCUUCAAGCUGAGAAAGAACCGGCUGAUGAUUAGGAGGCUCCAACAAGCUGGUUUGGAUAUGCCAUCUGACCAUAGCUUCAUCUGGGGUCAUCUACCUCAGAUGGCGCACGCUCAGAAAGCUUUCCCUGCUACGGCGAGUCACGACUACGGAGUAGCAGCCCUUGCGAAACCCUUCACAAAUGGUGUUUUCAUCAUUGACACCUGGCCCUUCAGUCUGCCUCUUCUGGUCAUCAGCACCCCCACCGCUGCUAAUGCUCUGCAAAAGUAUAGUUCUUCUCUCGUCAAGCCAGAGGACGUGAACGGACCGCUGAAUACGCUUUGUGCGGGGUCUAGCAUGAUGACCAUGCCUGAAGAUCAGUGGAAGCAGUGGAGGGUGUUGUUCAAUCCUAGCUUUAGCAUCACCUACCUCACACAGCUGGCACCGACAGUCGCAGGUGAAGUGUCAAUAUUCUGCGAGAAGCUGAGGGAAGUGGCGAAAGGAGGCAAACCAACGCUACUAGAACCGCUGGCCUCGCGGCUAACAAUUGAUGUUGUUGGAAGAAUCUCCUUUGGCGAGUCCAUGGGCCAUCAACACCAAGAUCAUCCAAUUGCUGCAACUAUUCGGAGUCAAGCUAAGUGGAUAAGCUUCUCUCCCAUCGUCGAGCCCUGGACCAUGCUCAACCCGAAAAGACCAUUCAUCCUGUGGAACAACAACCGUCUCUUCACGAAACACAUCGGUGCGGUAAUCGACAAACGAUUUGCCGAGGUCAAAGCUGCCACAAAAGUGAAGUCAAACGCAAAAGCAAAAGCAUUACUCCCUGCAGCUCUCGAAAACUAUAUGAGCGACGCUCGCACCCGCGGUGAAUCACCUGAUCGCUUGGAUCCUAGCUUCAAAUCAUCUUUGCUCAGUAAUAUGAUCAUCUUUAUGGUGGCAGGGCAUGAAACGUCAAGCACAACAAUAUGCAUGUGCAUGCACAGUCUGGCUACCAACCCCGAAUGCCUAGCCCGAAUUAGGGCAGAGCACGAUGCGGUCUUCGGUACUGAUAUCUCCACAACACACAUCAUGAGCGUUAUUCAGCAGGAGCCUGAACGUGUCAACCAACUACCCUACACUUUAGCCGUCAUCAAAGAAACUCUACGAUUGUAUCCUCCGGUCUCCGGUAUCCGUAUGGGGUCCCCGGAUGUCAGCCUUCCCGACGACUCUGGCAAACUGUUUCCUACUGGUGGCGUCAAGAUCUGGACCAACCACACUUCAAUGCAUCUGAAUGAGAAGUACUGGCUAGAGGCUGAGAGAUUUCUCCCAGAACGCUGGCUUGCAAAAGAAGGCGAUCGCUUGUACCCUACGAAAGGAGCUUGGCGACCAUUCGAGCAUGGAAGUCGCAACUGUAUCGGCCAAGCGCUUGCGCUCAUCGAAUUGAAAUUGGUUUUGGUGAUGACACUACGGGAAUUCGAUUUCGAACCUACGUAUGCUGCGGACGGUGGCGAGAUCUUCGGGACUAAGGCAUGGAUAUCAGGGAAUCAGGGAGUUGGAGGGGUGCCGAAUCAGGAGUAUCCAGUUCGCGUUCGGCUUGCCAACAGGAUCUGA